AAUUCAUUGCUUAGGGUACACAGUUUAUUACUCAAACAUCUUCUUCCUUUAAUUCAUGUUCUGUUUUUGCUCUCUUUCUCAUCCAUUCUCUUCACUCUGCUCUCCUCCUCUGUUUCUACUCUUUGUCAACUUCGACUUGUUUCCAAUUUAAAGCUUUCAUUUCCCAGAAGGAGUAAUCGAGCUCUAGUUCUGGGUUCUGUCCCAAAUGUGCUGAAGCAUGUUCUUCAAACCAAAAACUAGCUGACGAUCAGCCAGACCUGCCAAAUUUGGAAUUCAGUACUCUGGAGAUCAGUUGUUGCAUUCACAAUUCGCGUUUCUAGCUAAGAUGCUCUAUUUCUAGGAAUUGGAGUUUGAAGCUACAUUUCGAUGGCUAUCGUUGAAUCAAUUCUUGAUCUUCAGGUACAAGAUCCGCCUGAGGAAGAGUUCUAUUCAGCUGAUUUGACUUGGACCAAGUUUGGCACUGUUGAACACCAUGAUGAAGUUGCGUUGAUUCCUUAUGCCCGAGUAGAUGCAUUUAUAAUUGGCGAAUGUACUAAUAUAGAAUGCCCGACCCGGUUUCACAUUGAGAGGGGAAGGAAGCGAUCGAGGGGUAGCUUGAAAGAGUUCAAGGAUGACGAAUAUUUGGAAUAUCGACAAUAUUGGUGUUCAUUUGGUCCUGAAAAUUAUGGUGAAGGUGGAAGUAUUUUGCCUAGUAGAAGAUAUAGGCUUAACACUCGAAAUCGUGCUGCUAGACCUCAAUCAAUGCGAGGUUGUACCUGCCAUUUUGUUGUUAAGAGACUAUAUGCUCGUCCAUCUCUGGCACUCAUAAUAUAUAAUGAGAGGCGUCAUGUGAACAAGUCUGGCUUUGUAUGCCAUGGGCCAUUUGACAGAGAGGCCAUUGGCCCUGGUGCCAAAAAGAUUCCAUAUAUUUGUAAUGAGAUCCAACAACAGACAAUGUCAAUGCUUUAUCUGGGAAUUCCUGAGGCAAACAUUGUUGAGAAACAUCUUGAAUGUCUUCAGCGAUACUGUGGUUCAAAUGCAAAAGCAAACAGUCUUGCUUCUCAGUAUGUUCACAAACUUGGGAUGAUCAUCAAACGGUCUACCCAUGAGCUUGAUCUGGAUGAUCGAGCUAGCAUUAGCAUGUGGGUUGAACGCAAUAAAAAGUCCAUAUUUAUUCAUCAGGAUACUUCAGAAGAUAAUUCUUUCAUUCUUGGUAUUCAAACAGAGUGGCAAUUGCAACAGAUGAUUCGGUUUGGCCAUCGUAGUCUCAUUGCUGCUGAUUCAACGUUUGGCAUUAGGAGGCUUAAGUAUCCCCUGUGUACACUUCUCGUGUUUGAUUCUAGACAGCAUGCACUCCCUGUUGCAUGGAUCAUCACUCGCAGCUUUGCAAAAUCAGAUGUAUCCAAAUGGAUGAAAGCCUUACUUGAUCGGGCUCAGUCUGUAGAGCCUGGAUGGAAAGUUAGUGGGUUUUUAAUUGAUGAUGCAGCCACAGAGAUCGAUCCUAUCAUGGAUAUAUUCUGUUGUCCUGUGCUUUUUUCCCUCUGGCGCAUUCGUAGGUCAUGGUUAAAAAAUGUUGUUAGGAAAUGCAGUAGCAUUGAAGUUCAGAGGGAAAUAUUCAAGCGGCUGGGAAAAUUAGUGUACAGUAUCUGGGACGGAGUCGAUGCUUCAGUUGUCCUGGAAGAAUUUACCCGUGAUUUUGUUGACCAAACUGCUUUCAUGGAAUAUUUCAAGGGUUGUUGGGUGCCAAAGAUUGAAAUGUGGCUUUCUGCGAUGAGAGCUUUUCCACUUGCAAGCCAAGAGGCAUCUGGUGCUAUUGAGGCCUAUCACAUGAAGCUGAAGGCAAAACUGUUUGAUGACUCGCAUCUCGGUGCUUUCCAGAGGGUGGAUUGGUUGGUUCACAAGUUGACCACUGAAUUGCAUUCAACCUACUGGCUAGAUCGCUAUGCUGAUGAAAGUGAUUCGUUUCAAAAUGUCAAGGAGGAGUAUAUUUCUUCUACUUCUUGGCACCGUGCACUUCAAAUACCAGAUUCUUCAGUUACCUUGGACGAUGAAAACCACCUGUUUGCCAAAGUUCUGAGCCAAAAGGACACCAGUAUUUCACACGUAGUUUGGAAUCCAGGGUCGGAAUUCUCAUUUUGUGAUUGUUCUUGGUCGAUGCAAGGAAAUCUUUGCAAACAUGUAAUCAAGGUGAAUAUGGUAUGUGAAAAUUGUCCGAGUUACAAACCUUCCAUGUCUUUUCAAUCAUUUGAGGAGAUAUUGAUGAAUAUGUGGAAACUACCAAUGGAUGAUUCUGUUGCCUUGGAUGUGUCAAUGGCUUGGACCCAUCAGAUUCUUGAUGAAGUUCAAAAACUAGUUGAAUUAAAUUCUUCAAAUGAUAUUAGCUCUGUGGUAAACAAGCUGCCCUUGAAAUGGGCUUCUGGGAAGGGAAGAACCAGUUUUAGAAAACCGUCAUCUACCAUUCCUUUUCCAUCGGAGUCCAAUACUGUCAAAAAGGCCAUGCAAAAAAAGAACCAGAAAAGGAAAAGAUUGUCAUCAAUAAGAUAAAUUGCCCUACCUGUUUGCUGUUUUAUUCCCGUUUGAAAACUAUUGACACUGGGUUCCUUUCAAUACUUUGAUUUUAACUCGGAUGAUUGUACAAGGUCUGGUGGCUUAUUGAGUAACUUAACGUCAAAGUAUGCUCAUUUAACAAGCACAGAUCACAACUAGCACAGCCAAGAUUAACUGGACCUCGCUCAUUAUGGCAUGAAUAUGUCCUCCACACGAAGGUGGAUCUCUCGAGUUUUGCCAUAGAGGUCCUUUCCAUACACUUCAAUUUACCAGAGAUCAUUUAUAUGAAAGCAAUCCUAUUUUGUUGCAUUACAUUCAGAUUUGAUGCUCCCAAAUUUUGCAGGAAUGUGUAUAUAGAAACAUUGUUAAUAUGAUCGUUUUAGGUAGCUUGGCUUGAACGUGAGGAGAAUUAUUUGGCUAGCAGUUUUUUGCCAUGGUGAUUUACUGAUUUUAGGUAGUUACUCCAGAAACCAUUACUCUGAUUUUACAGUGGUUGAGAGCCUAGUUUUUUGCCAAUAAUAUAUUGAAGGGAAUACACAUUAACUGAUGUACUUGCAUUCAUUCCAAUUGCUGAGAAAAUAAAGUUAAAGUUGCUAGCAA